AUGGAUAGCGCCAACGAAAACAAACCACACUCUGAUCACGAAUACAGCGAAAUUUGCCAACAGAAACAAUCCAAGUUACAACGUUUUGGAACGCUGCACUCACCGCGCGAAACAAAAGCGAGGGAACCCACGCUAUUGGUGGAGGAGGUGGGCGGAUACCCGCAUAAUAUGGCGGAAAUAUUACCAGCUGAGGAGGUAUUCAAGGAAGGUAGACUACGUCUCUCCAAAUCGAGGAUAGCAGAGACGCAAAAUGAGAUCGAGAACCUUCACGCCAUCGACUAUGACCUGCGUCACAAGUACCGUGAGAUUAUAGACUCUUUACGCAACGAUCUGUUGAACAACGAGAAGGAAUGCAAGCGCCUGCAGGAACAGAUCGAAUGGGUCUCGCGAAGGAGGGCUGAACUACAUGAUGAGGUUCGUCGCAGUCAAAGGCUGUAUGGAGAUGCAGCCGUUAAACUUGCUACCAACUUAGCGGAGCUGCAGCGUGGUCGGGAAAGUAGAGUUACUGAUAAACCUCAAAUACAAAAUUCCUUUGAUUCUCUGCUUUUAAGAAAAGAGCCUCACUUUCCUAAUUCUUCACCAGUUGCCUCUGUCAUUAUAAAAAGUUCGCCCACAACAACACAUAACCCUUUUACCCACUUUAGUGAAUCACAUUAA